CUAUCUGUGCUCUUGCCUAACCUAACCUGCGUAUGACUCCAGUACUGCCAGAACAGAUGUAAUCUCCCUCCCCUAACUUGUCCCUAUGCGUUGUGCAGCGGGGGUGGUGGCUGCACUCUGACUGACACGGUCCAAAGUUAUCCCGGAAUAAGGACAGCACGCAUGUGCACGGACCCGGAUGUGAAACGUUCAGCUGCCCUAGAGCUGCCGAGCCAAGCUGGGCCAAGCCGGGAUAAUUGCCGGGAGCAACCGUGCUAGAGCCGGACCGAACAAUAAUAAACAGGGACAGAACUGGACUGCCAUCCGAUCUGAAUUUGUAUCGGACUAAAAGCGGCUCACAUGUGAUCCGAGACAUAAAUUGUGAUAACGCUAAAGGGAUUACUAGUCUAAACCAUUACACAAAGGGUUAUAUUGCAAUGUAACCCGAACCAAAUAUAUAGUUAUUCAGGGACAAGCAUAGACAUUAGCCCCAUUACAUACCCCACAGCCAUCAUUUUCUGUACUUAGUAAUAAGGGUGAUAGUUACCGCUUGCAACUUCCUGGUUUGUUAGUCCUUGAAAUAUAGUCACCUACUAGGGGUGUUGGUCUCUAUGGUCACAUCCUGAGAGUUUUGGUCGCUCUAGUUAGCUCAGUGGACUUUACUCCUUAUUACCUCCUUUCUUGUUAUGUCCUGGAAUACUUUGUUCUGCCCUUUAAUAACCAAAUGAAAUAAUAGCUAUUAAUACUACACUUUACUGAUUACAGACACAAUUGGAGUAGCCCAAUGAGUUUAUCAAUACAAGAUUUUAAUAUAUGUGAUCCAUCUGGGUUUUACUACAUUACAAAAUCCUUGAGAUUAAUCAUGUCACAAUAAUCAACAUAAUGGCUUUAUAUUCUAGGAUGUUCCUAGAUAAGAGUGAGGUAUAGGGACACAUUCCUUUUGUAUUAGUCACAGUGACUUUUCCUUUGGGUUAUCAUAGGUAUUGUUUUAUUUUAAUAUACCUCAUUCCAUUUAUUUUGCCAUUGGGAUAUGGAUUUCCGGGGUAAAAAGUAUGAGCGGGGCAGCAACUGGUCGGACCCUGAGGUAGUUGAACUUCUCCAACUCUGGGCUAAUGACUCUGUACAGAUGGAACUGGAGAGCUGUCUACGUAACCAACAUGUAUUUAACAGGAUUGCAGAGGUUCUAAGGGAAAAGGGGAUCCACCGGACAGGAGAUCAGUGCAGAGAGAAGAUAAAGAAAAUGAAGCUUGAAUAUCGACGUUUAAAGGAUAACAGCAAGACACUUCGUGGAGGAAGAGCUUGGAAAUUCUUUGAAGUCAUGGACAGAGUGCUGACCCACCGUCCAACCUUGUCAUAUGGCACCCUGGGGCCCAUAGGGGUGCUGCCCCAGAACAUGUUGCAGGGUCCACUCUCAGAUGGCUUCCAACCCCACUACCCAACCUUCAAUCAUACACAACAUCCUGAGUUGAUGGAGAUCAAGUGUGAGGAAGUUCAGUCAGAUGAACAAUGUUUGACACCUGAACCCCCUCCCUCAAUGACUUUUAUGCAAGAGUCAGGUGGUGAAGAAGAGGAGGAGCGAACUAUGUUGGACAGAGGGGCUCCAGACUCACCUUUAUCAAGGGUGGAAGUGCAAGGUGAAGCCAGUGAGUCACCCUCAGGUUUUAGUGAGCCAAACAUGGCAGGUUCUUCUGGGGUCGACGAACGGCAGAGGUUUUGGAGGAAACGUAAGGUGAGGGAACCACUGGAUGAAUUGCUAUCUCGGGUGCUAAUUUCUCAACGUGCAACAGAGGAGCGAUUCUUGCAGAUGGAGGAGCGACGCAUGGAGCAAGAACAGGAAGCGGAGGAGCGGAGGCUGCGCCUGGAGGAAAGAAGGUUGCAGCUGGACCGCCAGCACGAGCUCCGCAUGUUCAGCUUAUUUACCCAGAUGUUAGGAAUGUUACGCCCAGGUAGUGGUGGAAAUAUAAUACAGACUCCUACAGACAUGUGCUAUCCUCCAGAAGGGCAGACUUCAGGCCGUAGAGCCACAGUAGAGGUGCAGGAGACAGAUCUUAAUGAUACUUAUAACUGCACACCAUUCUGUAGCCCAUAUCUUUCCACACGAGGGAACAUUCUAAGUGGCUUUCGAGGAUCCUCUGAAGAGGGAUACAGAGCUUAUCACGAGGACAAAUAUGAUGAAGACAAAAACCCCAACGGAAUCAUCAACUUUGGCACUAGUGAAAAUAAACUCUGCUUUGACCUGAUGUCCAAGCGGCUUACCCAGAGCGAUAUGAAUGUUGUAGAGCCCCCCCUCCUGCAGUACCCCGACUGGAAGGGGCACAUGUUUUUAAGAGAGGAAGUUGCUCGUUUCCUAACAUAUUACUGCAAGGCCCCAGCACCUCUCAAUCCAGAAAAUGUGAUUAUCCUCAACGGCUGUGGGUCUCUCUUUUCGUCUCUGGCUGCUGUGUUAUGUGACCCUGGAGAUUCAAUAAUGAUUGCCACGCCAUUCUAUGGAGGGAUAACACAGAGCAUCUUCCUCUACAGUGGUAUCAAGCUGGUGUAUGUGCAUUUAGAGAGCAAGAUAUCCCCUCCAGGAACCCGUCCCUUUCAGUUAACUGUGCAGAAACUGGAAAAGACUCUUCAAUCAGCUAGAGCUGAGGGCAGCAGUAUAAAAGCACUUAUCCUAUUAAACCCCCAUAAUCCCUUGGGAGAUGUUUACUCGCUAUCUGAAAUGGUGGAAUUCCUGGAGUUUGCAAAAAGACACUCUUUGCACGUCAUUGUGGAUGAGAUUUAUAUGCUGUCCGUGUUUGAUGAGUCAACUACAUACCAAAGCGUCCUGAGCCUUGACAAACUUCCUGACCCUAUGAGGACGCAUGUCAUGUGGGGAGUCAGCAAGGACUUUGCCGUUUCGGGAAUUCGCUUUGGAACAUUAUAUUCCCAGAAUCAGGAUGUAUGUAAUGGGGUGGCUUCUCUCUGCUACUUCCAUGGAGUCUGUGGACCCAUCCAGUACAAGAUAGCACAGCUCCUGCGGGAUCGAGACUGGAUUAAUCAGGUCUAUUUGCGAGUGAAUCACUCGCGCCUUCGUGCUGCUCAGGCAUAUAUCGCUGAAGAGCUGAGGAUCCUGGGUGUUCCUUUCCUCAACCGUGGUGCUGGGUUCUUCAUUUGGAUUGACUUCCGUAAGUAUCUACAGGCUCCCACCUUUGAAGAAGAAGUGAUACUUUGGAGACAUUUCCUAGAUAACAAGGUUCUUUUGUCAUGUGGUAAAGCCUUUGAGUGUUCGGAGCCUGGAUGGUUCAGAGUCAUAUUUUCUGACAAGACCCACCGUCUUCAGCUUGGAAUGCAACGUAUUCGCAGUGUUCUGGAAAAGAGGGAAAAAGAGAUGGAGGAGCAAAACCGUCAAGAGGAAGAUGGCAAAGCGGACAGCACAGAUGAGGUCAUCUAUGUGUCUAGUCACCGAGAGUCCUCCAGCUCCGGUCUAGGAGAUCUGAUCUCCCAACUACAAAGCCAGAUGCGCUCGUCUGAUUGGCUGCAAAGGAACACCCCAGAGAACUUUGCCCAGCAAAAUCCUGAAGUAUUUCAGGUGUUCAGCAAAUUUGUGGGAAAGUAGUGUGAGGACCAGGGCUAAACAACAGACGAAAUAGGAUCAUGUUCAUCAGGGGCAUCUGAGCAUAUAAACUGUUUAAACCAAAGUGGUCAGUCACCCUUGCUAAGGUAUUAACACCUGCUAGAUGAGCUAUAGAAACCCUGAGCUGAGACCAACACGGAACCCUAGAAAGCACUUAGUAUGUUUAUUGCUCAGAUCUGCAGGCCAGCUGGGCAUAGGCCAAGACGUCAUAGCCUCAGCUAGUGCUCAUAUAGCAUAACCAGGUGCUCAACCUGCAGAGACCUAAAGUUGUCACCUGGAGUCUCAUGAAUUUAAAUAUUGUAUUUGUGUUAAGUCCUGUGGUGGACAAAGCUUGUUAUUCCUCUACGUGGGGGUCAUGCAGGGCUUGUGUGAUGUGGUGCACCUGGUGUGUUUGAAUGUUCUGUAAAUACAGGAGUCAGGUACAUAUACAUUCAAAGUAAAUUCAAAAUGAAAUAUCCAUGAUUCAGAUGUGCAAGUAAUUUGAAAGAACUUUCCAAUGUAUUUCUAUUGUCUAAUUUAAGGAGCACUGCUGGGAGCUAGCUGCUAAUUUGUGGCUGCACACAAAUGCCUCUUGUCUUUUGCUCGCCCGUUGUGUUUUGCUAGCUCCUAGUAGUGCACUGCUGCUCCUUCAACAAAGGAUACCAAGAGUACAAAUAAAAUUUGAUAAUAGAAGUAAAUUGGAAACUUGUUUAAAUUUCUAUGCUCUACCUGAAUCAUGAAAAAGAAAUUUGGGGUUUCAUGUCCCUUUAAUUUGUGUCAAACAAGCCACUGAUGACACUCUAAGAAGGUGUGAUAUUUGAAUGCCAGUGAAUAAAACACUCAUAGCAUAUGUGUGUGUGCUGCUGAAAAA